UUAAGUUUAUUUCAAAUAUUACACUUAUUUCAAAACAGUUGUUUCUGACCUAACAGUAAAUGUACUGGACAGCUAAAUUAUUUUAAGAAAAUUAUCUCUUUUCUGUGUAUCAGCCAUAUUUCUUUUAUUGAGCCAGAUCUUAAAUAUCUAAGAGCUAGAGCAUGGCAAGUUUAAAAUUCCUCCAGUGAUUUGGGAGCUAAGAUGGACCUCGCUUCAAAAUUCCAGUCACCUGCAAUGAUUACAGCCUCAUAAAAUGUGUUAGCAUUCAGUAUGCGGAUAUAUCUGAACUAUAAGGUAGGCUGUAAAUGUGCGAUGGGCCUUUGCCUUUUCAGCUGUUUGUAGGGGUAAGAAAAGCAGGCAUUCAGAUUCUGUAAACAAUUUAUUUUUCUUCUAGUAUAUAUAUGCAUUAACUUGGAAAACUCCCUCUCUAGAAUUUGAAAUAAUAGUUGUUUUGGGGUCAUAACUACAAAUCUAUCAUCUUGUUAGUAGCUUAAAGUCAUGAUUUGGUGACUUACCCACCAAAUUGUGACUGACUUACCUAUCCAGACUAAAAUGUCUUUAAAGUGAAAGUACACUUUCUGUUGUCGCUUGGCUUGUUUAAAAGAACGAGGUGAUGUCUUCAACAAAAACAAGGCUUCAUUGCUGUUCUUCAAGCUUGUGUGUGUGUGUAAAUUACUUUUGCCUCUACUAUUUUUUUGUUGUUUUAGAGAAGAAAACACACUUGAGACUAAGGCAAUUCCGUAGUGUGGAAUUCAAGAUAGAGAAGAUGAUUUUUCCUUUUACUACAAGAUUGCAAGUCGUUUGAUGUUUUGAUGAGUAUCUUAGUUUUCUCAUCUUGUAUCUGUAAAAUGGUGAUUGUUAACUGUGCUUGUGGCGGUCUCCUUGCAUCAUUAAGUGAGCAGCUGUAUCUUUCCAAUUGCUUCAGCAUUCACAGUUUCUAAUUAUUUUUUCCUUUGAAACAUCCUUCUACUUAAGCAUCAGAGGAGCAGGACUAUUCACAGGCAUUAUCUAGAGAGAAGGUGAAAAUUACAUGUCUGUAAAUCACUUCUGUAGGGACACAGCUUACAGAAUUCUUAUUUAUUGACCUCUGUUUUCUCUUUUUUGUUUGUUCUGGUUUUGUUGCUAUUCUAGGAGUGUCCCUCCUUUGUGGUGAUUAUCUUGCAUAUCGUUUUAAAUUUCUUAGGGUGAAUUUUAGCUCUUGAGCUGCUAUUUCCCUUUGGUAGCUUUGUCUCCUGCAAAUUUGGAAGUACUGAAUAGGACGUUUGGCAAACAACAUUUAUGCUCGGCAGGCUUUUGGCUGAUGGUGGCCUAUUCAGCAGCCAUUUGGAGGCUCUACCUUGCAAAUGCUAGCUUCAAGUGUCAAAAAAACAGUGAGAACUAGGAGGGUUCUGCCAGUCUUGAGUUGAGACCCAGGAGUAAGAAACUUUGAAGAUAAUCACAUCAGAGAAGCUGCGCUUGGAGAGAGACUUUCAAAGAUACGAAGAAUAGGAAGUCUCCGGUCUUGCAGUUCAUCAGACUGCUUUAGUAAAGUGAUGCCUCCAAGGAAAAAGAGGAGACCUGCAGCAGGAGAUGAUUUAUCUGCUAAGAAAAGUAGACAUGAUGGUAUGUAUAGAAAAUAUGAUUCGACUAGAAUAAAAGCAGAGGAAGAAGUUUUUUCAAGUAAGAGAUGCUUAGAAUGGUUCUAUGAAUAUGCAGGCACCGAUGAUAUUGUAGGGCCAGAAGGAAUGGAGAAAUUUUGUGAAGACAUUGGAGUUGAACCAGAAAAUGUAGUUAUGCUUGUACUAGCGUGGAAGUUGGAUGCACAAAACAUGGGCUACUUUACGUUACAAGAAUGGUUAAAAGGAAUGACAUCACUACAGUGUGAUACUACAGAAAAAUUGAGGAAUUCUCUGGAUUACUUGAGAUCUUUAUUAAAUGAGCCUACCAAUUUUAAACUUAUUUAUAGAUAUGCAUUUGACUUUGCACGGGAAAAGGAUCAGCGCAGCCUAGAUAUCAAUACUGCCAAGUGUAUGUUGGGCCUUCUUUUAGGAAAAACAUGGUCCCUUUUUCCAGUAUUUCACCAGUUUCUAGAGCAAUCAAAAUACAAAGUUAUCAAUAAGGACCAAUGGUGUAACGUUCUUGAAUUCAGCAGAACAAUUAACCUUGACCUCAGUAACUAUGACGAAGACGGAGCCUGGCCAGUGUUGUUGGAUGAGUUUGUGGAAUGGUAUAAAGGAAAACAGAUGACAUAGGAGUUUAACUAUGCACAGCCACUCGAGAGUCACUGUUACCACAGUUAAUGUCAACCAUUAGCCAUAAACUGCUCUUUGUAUGGAAGUGCAUGCUGCUUCUCUUGCACUGCGUCCCUUUGGCGGGGAACUUUUGGUGUUUGCUAUUUAACAAGCCUAGCUCUGCUCGCUGUGUAGCAUUGUUCUCUUUGAAGGCUGCUUUGCAUUAUGUAUUUACACUACGAAUUGGUGAACUUGCCAGCGUCUUCACUGUGAUUAUGUGUAUAUUGCUGUCUAAAUUUUGUAUAUGUGUAUAAAAAAAGAAAAGAAAAAAGCUUCACCUAGGGAUUAUUUCUGCAGAAAUGUAUUGUACAAAUAAUUUCGUGGCAUAUUUCUAGUCAUCACUUACAUGUUUGUUGAAACUUCGGUUAGUUUGUUUUUCUUUUGGUCUCAAAUGUAGCAUUUCAGAAAAAUGAAAUGAACAGACUGCUUGGACAUAGUUACGUGAAGAACUAUUGUCAAUUUUAAUGUUACUAUUUGAGAUGCCAGUUUCUGAGGGGAGAAGACAUGCUGUGACUUUCUUCACCGGAAUUCGCCAAACCUGACCUAUUGCUUAAUAGGAAUGAACAUUGGUGUCUUAAAAAAAAGUAUAUAUAUACACACAUAUAAAUAUUAAAACACUGUAAUAGUUGUACAUGCCACAGAUGAUUUCCAUUUGAAGAAAAAAGUACUGACUUUUUAAUGUUAAAACUGCAGUAGUCAUUACAGGUACAAAUGAACAAAUUAAAGUACCUUUUAAAAAUGGGUUUUAGACUUUCUUAAAUUGCCUUUGGCAUACUCCUGUCAAUUUAUUUAUUUUUUUUUUUGUGUACCCAAGAGUGUUUGGUCUAUGUUGCAAUCCAGUGAAACUGAAAGUUCUAGCUAAAAUUAGUGGUUUGGGGAAUAAAGUCUGCUCACCCCUAGCACGUAGAUAAUACAGAUUUGGGGUUUUUUGUUUGUAACAUUAGCCUUUCCCAGGGUCUCUAACUUUGUGUUUCUAAGAAAUUAAACAUAUUAUACUGAAUAGUCAAAA